AUGGCGGGAACUGCAGUCACUCCAGUGAGGGUGGGCGCCUCGGCGGUUCCUUAUGGACACGCCAUAGGAAAUGAAAAAUGGAGAGGAACGGAGCUGGCUCAGUUAAUACAGGGUAUGUACGUUUUGAACCUUUUAACGUGGUUACUCUGUAAACCGCGCAUUGUCAGAAAUGUAAAAUGUGAACGUCCUCUGUGUGUUCAUUUUGGUAGCGUCCGCCUAAAAUUUUAAAUUCAGUUUGAGUUCCCAUCAAUUCCCAUUCAUGGAAUAUCUCGAUAUGAGUUUUGAGAUUUAUUUAACAAUCAAACCCCUCAGCAGGAGCAACUUUUGAAAUAUGUUAGCAACUCUUCUCUUGUUUCUUGUCACUUGAUUUCAUCCUUAUUAUGGUGAGACCUCAAUACACAUUUCUGACCCUCACUUCAAGCGUGACUGUUUAAUAUAUUUUCAUAUUCCAAUUUUUCUUUUCCCAGGUAAAAUAACCCUUGUGUUUGAAGAUGGUUUGGGAUUGGUUGAUUUCCAUCUGUCUAACAGAGCCUGCAUCUUGUAUGUAUCAGAAGCGGAUAUCGUGGCUGGAAACACUUUCAGAAGGAGGCUUGUUCGAUUUAGAAAAGUACGUUUAUAUUUGUAUGUUUUUUUUUAAUAUACUUAUGAAAAAUAACAUCGAGAUUUGAUUUCAUGGAGCCAAUUGCCAAACAUUAAAAAAAAAAAUGUAUACUAUAACCUAACGUGAUCUUAUUAAAGGGACACAAAGUCCCAUGCACCCUAUGGUUGUUGCAUGGAUUCCAUCCAUUGUCUCUGUUACAUCUAUCGAAGUGAUUGACAAAAUUGCUGACUCUGUAAACAUCUGCUACUGAAUUGUGCACAUCCUCCGACAAACUCCAUUUCUGUUAGAGCUAUUGGGUGCAUUCAUGAGUGGAGCGGUCAGUAAGGCUAUGCAAGGCACACCACAGCAUCAUUAACCUUACACAGCAGUUUCAUUAAUAUUUUUACAUGGACGAAACGAAUGCAGAAUGAACUACAUAUAUGCAGACAGAGGCUUGAUGCCACGUUUUCUUCAUUAGAGCCUCAUUUGUUUGCCAUUUUCUCUUUUAAAGGCCUGUAGCCUGAAAGGGAUCACAAUCGUGGAAAAAACCCGUCUCAGUGAGCAGUAUUUCCCCGUUAUACAGAAAUUCAUUGUGUUGGAGCUCGGUAUGGUAAUUCUCCCAGUGACCAAUAAGGCGGAGGCUGCACAGCUUAUCAUACAUUUAGUAAGUAAAGAUGGGUGUGUUGUAUUGGGAUUUAGAUUUUUGGGGGGCGGUGGGGAGGGGGAUUAUUUAAAGAAAUGUUGUAGAAGAUUACAGCAUGUUCUAAAUGAGAAACAAAUUAAAAGACUGAUGCAGAAUAAAGUAUAUUUUAUAACAAUCUAAUUAUAUGUUGUGUGUGUAUUUUAUGUAAAUGUUGACAACUUUUUACUUUUGUUUCCUUUAGGUGCAAGAGCGAAGCAGAGAGCGGCUCAGCAAUCCUUUCAGUCGUAAAAAGUCCCACCAGCUCAGGGAGGCCCACGUCCUGCAGACAGUGCAGACAAUACCAGGCAUCGGGAAAGUGAAGGCACAGCAGCUUCUCCAGCAUUUCCCCAGUAUCCACCUGAUAGCCAACGCUUCUCUCACACAGCUGGAAGCCGUAGUGGGACGAGAAAUAGCGAGAAACGUCCACAUGUUUUUUACACGAACAUGA